UUAUAUAUUUCGUUAUAUGGAUUGCCAAAAAUAAAUAAUUUAAAAAAAUUCUCUGUCAAGCAUAUCCAAAAAAAGUACUUUUAGUAAAAAUGAUUGCUCUCUUCUUUUUGGCAAUUCUAUUGUUUGCUGAUGUGUCUUUUAGUGAACCUGAUAAAACUGAUGUAACUGGUUCUACUCACCGAUCUAGAAACUUGAAUACGGUAUUAAACAGUCGCCAAAAAAAAGUCAAUAACAUUCUACGAGGCAUUAAAUUUCGACGAAUUCCUAAACUUCAAAACCUUCAAAGCUACAUGGACGACAAUUUGCCUUCGCACGAGAAUGUUCCGAAUUUUUCUUGGUCUUACAGUGAUGGACGAAAUAACAUUAACAUAAAUCAGAGCGGUGGAAACUUCAGGAGAUCAAAUUCGUUACUAGAUUUCGACAACAAUCAGGAAAAAUUAAAUCUCAAACGACAAAAUCCUACUACAAUCCUGAACUUUCCCAAUUAUCAAGUCUGGUGGAUUCCAAUUUCCAUUCCUUACGUUCCCAACCUCACUUUAAAAUGCUACUGAAUGUUUUCACUCUCUAAAUUCCAAUCAGUGAAAAUUCACUGGGAAACAGUGAAAUUUCCGUAAAAAUCAGUGACGUCCUUCUGACUAUUUGAAUCAGUCAAAUUUCACUGAGAGUAAGUGUUUAAUUUAAUUUAUAGAAUUACUAAAAAUAAAGUCAAAAUUCUAAUGACCAAAUUUUGGAAAAUUAA